GUCUCCUAUGUUCACACCUGUUUGCUCUCUUUUCUUCCCCCGUUCACCUCGCGUGCGCCACCCACCUAGGGUGACCGCCGCCGCCCUUCGCCCAGCCGCCCGGGUUGCGCUUUGCCGGCGACGAGCGCCCACCGCACCCCCACCAUGUAUGCCCGCCCCCUUCUCGUCUCCUUCCUCUAUGCAAACUGCAAAGCUGAUUUAAGCUAUUUGGCUAUCUGUAUGUAUCCGGGUCGGAUCUGAGCAAAGUGUAUACACAUUGGUCACUGGAGGAUUGCUGCCGUUGGUAAGGAUGAGCAAAGGCCCAGUUCCGUUUGCCAACAUCGGGAAGAGAGCAAAAGAUCUUCUGUACAAGGACUACAACUUUGACCAAAAGUUUUCUUUGUCGACGUCUAGCGGCUCUGGUUUGAAUCUCACAGCCACUGGUGUAAAGAUCAACGAAGACUUCAUUGGUGAUAUACGGACACAACAUAAAAGCAGUAGAACUACUAUUGAUGUCACCGUUGAUAGUGAUUCUAAAGUGUCAACCACAGUCACUGUUGAUGAAGCACUAACUGGUUUGAAGACUUCAUUCGCCUUCAAGGUUCCCGAUCACAAGUCUGGGAAGCUUGAUCUGCAAUAUGCGCACAAUCGUUUUUCAUUGAACUCGACCAUUGGUUUGACAUCAGCACCUUUGGUUGAACUGGCUGCAACUGUCGGCACAAGUGAACUUAGCAUUGGUGCUGAGGUUGGGUUUGACAGUACUUCAGCUGCUGUUACUAAGUACAACUCAGGAAUUGGAUACAACAAGUCCGAUUUCUCAGCUUCCUUACUACUGGCUGAUAAAGGGGAGACUUUGAAGGCAUCUUACGUUCAUUUGUUCAAUCCGACCAAUGGAGCUACAGUUGCAGCCGAGGUAACACACAAGCUGAAGACCAGAGAGAACUAUUUCACAGUUGGGAGCUCCCAUGCCCUUGAUCCUUCAACAUUGCUAAAGAUGAGAUUCAGCAACUCCGGGAAGGUCGGUCUUCUCUGUCAGCAUGAGUGGAGGCCGAAAUCUCUUGUUACUCUUUCAGCUGAGUAUGAUCUGAAGGUGGUAAGUGCGCCUUCAAGAAUCGGCAUGGCCAUAUCCCUCAAGCCUUGAGCUGGGUUAAGUCACCUUCUAUAAAACAGUACAAGCAUACCGUCUCCCAAGAACACAAGCUUUGGAGCGAUACCUAGAACAACCCUCCAUUUUAGCCUUUUUUAUUUUGUAAGAGUCUUUUGCAAAGGAGUAUUGUCACUUGUCAGGGAGUUAGACUUGUUUUGUGGAACGUUUCCAUUAGAGCCAACUCCACACGAAGGAUUGAAAAUACAGAGGUUUGCAUUAGAACAGAAGCUCCACUGCGAUAUUUUCCCAUGUUUUGCUAGUCGACGCAAAAAAUGAUUUUUUGGAGGUGAUUUGAACACCUAACAUCUUGAGUCGAUGGUGGUUUUAACAGCUCUGGAAAUCAACAAGGGCCAUUUGUACCCAGCAACAGCAGAAUUAGUUCUGGAAAUUGGUUAUUUUGAUGA